AUGUAUCCGCACAGCCCCAGGCAGGCAUCCCAUAACAGCAGCCCUUCCUGGGCUUCAGCAAAGCCCCAGGUGGGCAAGCCUCCUCCAGCAGCAGACCUUCAUUUGCUUCAGCACACCUCUGGGUCAGGCAGGUAUCCUCCAGCAGCAGUCCUACAUGCACUUCAGUGCAGCCAAAGGCAGGCAGGUGUCCUCCAGCAACAGACCUCCCCAUAUUUCCCCCCGGCCCUGACCAUGCAGGCUUCCUUUAGCAGCAGACCUCCACGUGCUUCAGCUUACCCCAAGGUACAGAAAAGGCCUGAUAAAGUUAAUGAAGAUAUCCUGACAAAUAAAGGUGAAGAAGGAAAAGGCAUGUGGGACUCCAUUAAAAGCAUCAUUACUGGCCUUCCUACUUACCAUAUGUGGAAGACUCUUCUUUGGCCGAAUUUGUUUGACCAGCUGGAUAGAAUAUUUGCAGGAGGACUGCAAGCAGGAACAAAGGAAAAGAAAACUGAUUUUCUAAACAUUUUUUCAGUUGCUUCAGGCCAUUUAUAUGAACGUUUCUUGAGAAUUAUGAUGCUUUCUGUGUUACGCCACACAGAAACUCCUGUUAAAUUCUGGUUUCUGAAAAACUAUCUCUCUCCAACAUUUAAAGAAAUGAUUCCUCACAUGGCUAAGGAAUAUGGAUUUCAGUAUGAGCUAGUCCAAUAUAGAUGGCCCCGUUGGCUUCAUCGACAAACUGAAAAGCAAAGAAUUAUUUGGGGUUACAAGAUUCUUUUCCUUGAUGUUCUUUUUCCACUGGUUGUGGACAAAAUAAUUUUUGUUGAUGCUGAUCAGAUUGUGAGGACAGACCUAAAAGAGCUUAGAGAUUUUGAUCUUGGUGGUGCACCAUAUGGUUACACACCAUUUUGUGACAGUCGAACUGAAAUGGAUGGAUAUCGUUUCUGGAAAUCAGGAUAUUGGGCUUCCCAUCUAGGAAAAAGAAAAUACCAUAUCAGUGCCUUAUAUGUUGUGGAUCUCAAGAAAUUCAGAAAAAUUGCAGCUGGAGAUAGACUUAGAGGUCAGUACCAGGCCCUUAGUCAGGACCCAAACAGUCUGUCCAACCUAGAUCAGGACCUACCCAAUAAUAUGAUUCACCAGGUUGCCAUCAAGUCUCUUCCUCAAGAGUGGUUGUGGUGUGAAACAUGGUGUGAUGAUGAAUCCAAAAAAAGGGCCAAAACAAUUGAUCUGUGCAACAAUCCCAAAACCAAAGAACCUAAAUUGAAAGCUGCUGUCCGGAUUAUCCCAGAAUGGGUAGAGUAUGACACUGAGAUUCGAAAUCUGUUAGAAGAGAUAGCAAUGGGAAAGAGAAAUUCAAGUAAACCAUCCUCCAAAGAGGUUUUCACUCGAGAUGAACUCUAGCAGCACUCUGCAUCUGUGAAGGGAGUCACAAUAUUGAAAAUUGAAUCUGCCAUCAUAUGAAACAAAGAAUGGCCUGUGCAGAGGCUGUGCUUUGAAUCUUUUAUUGGAGCUCAGUUAAACAUUCUUCAGUUUAAAAAAAAAACCCGAUUAUUUAAAGCUCACAUGCUUAACAUAUUAAGUAAAAAAUUUCUUUUCAAAAGAGGUAAACUAUUUUUUUUGUCCUAUUGAAUUUUUAAAGCUGGCUUAUCCUUUUUUCUUGGUUUCAUGCCAAGUUUCAACAGUUAAAGGGAGAUGUUUUGCUGGAUUGUUUGGUAAAUGUGUGUCUGAUUGGAAAUAGAAAUCGGUACUCCAAAUUGGCUGUUUCUGAUAGCAUUCACACAAAAGAUUGUGCAUAUUUGAACUGUUACCCAGAUUUGUUUAUGAACAAAAUGUAACUGAAAUUGGAGAAACAAAUAUUUUUGUAUUUUUCUCCUUUCACCUGCUACUCAGACAAAUAGAAUUUAUGGGUAACUCUGGUCAACCAGCCAAAACUUGUCAUUUAAGAAAAUGAAUCCUAUUUUAUAUCUUUAACUAUUAUUUUACAAUGCAAGUAAUGUUGCUUUGUAAUCAGCUAUUUUGGCAUGUUCAGUCAUGUGAUCUGUAAUCAGUUAUUUUGAGUACAUGGAAUUAUAUGAUGUUAUUUUUAAGUAACAUUUCCCUUUCUGAUGUGUAUUUAUAAAAUGGAACUCAUGGGCAUGAAAAAUGAACCUGAUUGUUCAUGGAAAAAAAAAGGUUAAACCCGUAUGGUUAUUGUUGCUAAGCAGAUAAUUUAAAAUAAAAAUUACCUAAAUUAAGA